CAAACUCAGCAUUUCGUCUGAGCAAGAUGUUACCCAGCCAAGCACGGGAGAAGAGACUCUGGGCGUAAAACUCAGCCUAAGCAAAUACAGCCAAGCGCAGAUCCUGCCGCUCCUUUGUCUAACCGCCUGGAAAGCGCUGUGAGCUUGCUUCAUUUUGGGAAUGGCUGCAAGCUCAACUCCACAAUGACCAAUUAUAAAACCGAACGAAGGAAGUCAGAAGUGUUCAGCGACCAACUAAAGGAUGCCUAGUCGUUCCGAGAAAGAGCAGGACACCACGGCUGAGGGAGAAAGUUAAAACGGUUGCUCUAAGGAGCUCGAUCCACUGAACAGAUUCCAUUAAACCUUGGAUUGCGCUCCGCUGAACGGAUCCCUUCCUUCAGUUUGAAGCUAUCGACACAGGCUGGAUUAUACCCCUCUCCCCAGGAGCCCGCUCUUUCAGCCAGAAUCUGUGUUGUGAAUCAACCUGUCUGAUCACCAGUCCUGGGAAAAAGACAACACAAUGAUAGCCACAGGGGGUGUAAUAACGGGACUGGCAGCCCUGAAAAGACAAGACUCAGCGAGAUCACAGCACUUUCAUCUUCCUCCUCCAUCCUCUGCUCCAGAGAAAAAGAAACCCAAACGUAAGCCCAAAGCCAAUAUUGUUGUAGUGAGGGGCAAAAUCAGACUCUAUUCACCUUCAGGAUUUUUCCUUUUCCUUGGAAUUUUAAUUUUGAUGUUUGGAAUCGCAAUGGCAAUUCUCGGUUAUUGGCCACAGGAAGUAGAUAAGAGAUAUCCUGUAGCUUCAAAAUCUGGAAUUUCAAACAAUGGGUCCCAUGUAAUAACAGACCAUACUGGAGUAUUCAUGGAGUUUUUUGAGCAGCAUUUACACUCUGAUAAAAUGAAAAUGAUUGGCCCUUUCACCAUGGGGAUAGGAAUAUUUAUAUUUAUUUGUGCUAAUGCCAUACUACAUGAAAAUAGGGACAAAGAAACAAAAGUGAUUCAUAUGCAAGAUAUUUAUUCUACAGUCAUUGAUAUCCACAGCCAAAGAAUUAAAGAACAAAGACACAUGAAUGGGGCAUGGAUUGGCCAAUCUGGGGAUUCUGAUACCAAAUGUUCUGACAAUCAAUGUACUGCAAAGCUGGCUGCUAAUGUAUUGUUAUCAUUUUCUGGGUCAUCUAAUGAUGGAAUCACUCCACAGAAAUGGAACACUUAUGAGGAAGACGAUGGACUACCUAAGAACACUAACACACUCAUACAACCAAAAACUGCAACAUCAUCAGGCUUCAGCAAUAGGCAACAGACAGAAUCUCAAAGAGAGAAGUGUAUCUACUCUAAAAAGUGUGAGACUAAAUCCAUUGUUUCGUCUUCUCUCAGUGCUUUCACACUUCCUGUUAUUAAACUUAAUAACUGUGUGAUUGAUGAGCCUGAACUUGAUAAUAUCACAGAGGAUUCUGACCUCAGUAAAGGUAGGGUUAGACAUAUAUCUAUGACAUCCUUAACAGUGCCAUCAACUGAUAUCAACGAUUUCUAUAAGCCACCGAAUCCGCGAUUGUUAAGAAGUAACAGCACGAUAACAGAUGGAAAACCACCCACUGGUACAUCCGUGGGAAGAUUUCUAUCACCCAGUUUCCCCAAGAAAGAAUUUGGAUCAAACACUUCACUUCACAUGUUAUCCUGUCAUUCAAAGUCAUUGGACUUGGAGAGAGGUCCCUCAACACUCACGGUGCAGGCAGAACAAAGAAAGCACCCAAGCUGGCCUAGACUUGAUCGCAGUAACAGCAAGGGUUACGUGAAACUGGAAAACAAAGAAGAUCCAAUGGACACCCUACCCGUUCCACAGGCUGGUGUAAAAGGCAGUUAUACAAAUAAAGAGAAAUUACUUAUGAUCUCAAGAUCCCAUAAUAAUCUAAGUUUUGAAAAUGAUGAAUUUUUAGAUAACAGGUUAAGCCGUGGAGCUUCAGAAACAAGGUUUUGAAGGAGCAUUGGUUUGUAUCAUGUGUUUAUAUUUUAAGGCACUUUUAAGAAAUGUAUUUAUGUGAGAAGUGCAUGUCUAUU